AUGGCGACCUCCGACAAGCUCGAAAGGCGAGACAAGCUCGAAAGUCAGAUCGACAAGCAGCUUGACAAGCUUCCCAUUGACAAGGAGAGACUGAAGCGGGAGUUCGACUUGUCCCAUUUCGACCUGAACCAAAUCCUGCGGGGCAUCCAGUUAACGCUGGUCGGAGCUCAACGAGCUCUUCAGAAUCCCGCCUUGUUUACUUCGGACCACUACCGACAAGCCGGCAUUGCCGUCUUGAGUGGCCUCGCCAUCCGUCUCGUCAUCUCCAUUCCCGUCGUUGGCGUCCGAGUCCUACUUUGGAUUCUCUCGCUGUUCCUCAGCCUAGAUCAUGUCACUUGGGACGACAAGAUUGUUGGGGGCCUCAACUUCAUCGAGGAAUACGUCUUGCAGGUCCCCUUUUUCCUGAUGGCGUUUAUGGACUCGCUGAACUGGGUUGACAAGACGUACGUCCAGAAACACAAGCACGAAGACCCAAAUAAGCUUCGAGACAUGUACUAUCCCAACUUGAAGAUGUACAAGGUCAAGGACGGCAGCACCCACACCACUAGCACGGCGGAAGCCAUCAGCAUGUUCCUGUACCGCUUCGCCCGAAAGGGUGGCAUCUCCCUUGCGGUCUUCGCCCUUUCGUACCUCCCCGUCGUCGGUCGAUUCGUGCUGCCUGCAGCCAGUUUCUAUACAUUUAAUAAGGCGGUUGGGUUGGGCCCGGCUUCUGUGAUUUUCGGUACUGGCAUCUUCCUGCCCAAGCGGUACAUCAUCAUCUUCCUGCAGAGUUACUUUGCCUCGAGAAGUUUGAUGAGAGAACUUCUAGAGCCAUACUUCUCCCGCGUACACUUUACCAAGGAGCAGAAGAAGAACUGGUUCCGGAACCGCGAGGGUCUGCUGUUUGGCUUCGCUAUCGGGUUCUAUACUUUGAUUAAGAUCCCGCUCGUUGGCGUCUUGAUCUAUGGCAUCGCAGAGGCCUCAACAGCGUAUCUGAUUACCAAGAUUACAGACCCUCCCCCGCCUCCCGCCGACAAGGUCGCUUUUGCGGAGAGUCAGCAGGAGUGGACGAACAAGCACGAGUUCCUCAACCUCUCCCUCGGCGAUCUCGAUGCCAUUCACCUCAAGUCGCGCCCGGCAAACCCGACAGGCGAUGCGCAAAAGCACGAGUAA